CGAAAAUCUGAACUAGAAGAAACGGUAUCGAAAGAUGGAAGAGGAAGAAAAGAUGUUAUUGAAGGAAAAAGAAAAGAAAAUAAGUAAUCGUUAUUGUUCGGUUCCUCAGUGUCGAAGCAGAAAGACGAAGGAUAUAUCCCUUCACUUCUUCCCUCGCAACUCUGUUCUUAAAUUUAAAUGGGCGGAAGUAUUGAAAAUUGUAAAACCCAUCUCACCCUUUAUGUAUGUUUGCAGUUUGCAUUUCAAGAAGGAUGACUUCAUUCUCCCAGAUUUUCCCACAAAGAAGAAAUUUUUGAAAAAGAAUGCUAUUCCAUCUCAAAAUUUACCAAAUGAAAGUAGCAAUAAUCAUAAGAAAACAAGGGACAGCAAAAUUGAUAAAGCAGUACAACCAAUUAAGAAGAAUAAUCAUAAAUCGGACACACCUCGGAAGUGUGCAGUCCCUGGAUGCAAUACAAAUCACAUGGGUGGACCCACAUUAUGGACUUUUCGUUUUCCCAAAGACAAUAAACUGAAACGUGUUUGGGAGAAACAAAUGCAGAGAGAGAAUUUUCGAGCCAAAAGCAAUUCUUACGUUUGCAUUAAACAUUUUCCGGACGAAUUUCUAAUAACAGAAGAGAAAUUCAAGUGCGACGACGGUUCGUUUAUUGUGGUUAAAAAGGAGAAACCCAGACUGAAACAUUGUGCGUAUCCGACUAUUUUUAGCGAUCUUGAACUUGAUAUUGAUGAGCCGCCUGCACAGAAGAUGUUGAACGAAAGUAAGAAAGAAAAACCGAGAAAAGGUAAGCAAAAGAAGAAGAAAUCUAAAAAGAAAGUUUCAAAAUUGCAUAGCNGUAUUCCAGCAAGACAGUGCUUGACUACAUGUUGCAAGGCAAACUCUCACCAUCCUGAACAGAAUUUACAUCCUUUCCUGGCUGGCAGCCUCACUGGCUCUCUCUCCUAUCAAACACCUCUGGGACCUCAUCUGAUGUAA